AUGCAGUUCACUGUCGCCAUCCUCGCCGUUGCCGGUCUUGCCGCCGCGCUUCCAGACAACUACGCCUACGGUGCCGGUGCUGCCUACGGCGGCCACAACUCGCCUUACAGCCCUGAGAAGGAGUGUCAGGUCAGCAGCACUUGCAAGGCUGUCUACAAGACCAUCACCACCGAUUUCCCAUCCAAGGCGACUUCCACUAUCGUCAAGACUAUCUCCGAGGCCGUGACAAAGACUGAAUCCACUCAGGAGCACGUUACAAUCACAAAGCUCAUUCCUACGACCUAUGUCAAGACUUCGACGGUGACCAAGACCACGACAAUUCCGUACGACGCUUUCAAGAUCACGACAAUCUGUGAGACCAAGACGAUCCCAUACAAGGCCACCAAGACUUCCGUCGUAACCGCUCUGGAGAGCGCUCCAUUCACAGAGACAAACAAGAAGGCUGUUGUCACCGAGACCCAGAAGCAGAAGAUCUACACCACAACCAUUCCUGUUGAGAAGAAGGUCGUUACCGUGGUUGACAAGAAGGUCCAGACCGUCAUCGUAAAGACUGAGAGCGAGUGCGCCACUGCCACCAGCUGCAAGGCGAAGAAGACAUCCUCUGCCGCAGAGUCUUCCUCCUCCGCUGUCAAGACAUCCACCGAGACCGAGGGCAAGAACACCUACCCUGCCACCUACCCUGCUGGGGAAAAGUCCACCGCAGCAGCCUAUGACCCAACCCACCCAGCUCCUUACGUCCCAAACCACACCGCGUACUAA